AUGACGACGCAUAUGGAUACGGGCAGUGCAAUGCAUGCCGACAACAAAGAUAAAGUAGAGAAGGCACCACACUCGUUGCCUUCCGUUGAUGACACUCGCGUUGACCGACAAAAUAGUGAACAUCAAGCCGAGACCCUGAAGAAUAAACCUCGUCUAUUAAACGGAGAUCGAUCAUUAUCCUCCGAAUCCAACGGUACUCGAAAACGGCCCAGAAGUAGCGAACGGAACGGCGGUGUCGAUAGUCGUCGGUAUGGUUCGAAGCCACCGGUGCAACAGUUAUCAUCGGUGGCAAACCCGGUUCCACCAGCAUUGAUGGGACGGCAGCGAAUCUCAUACGCUGAUAUCGAUACCAUGGACACGCAACCUGAUUUCUCAAGACCAAUUGAGGCUACCGCACGUACGAAUUCGAUACGAGAUUCUCAGAAGCUAUCGCCGAUUGCCAAACGCGCCAGGACACGAAGUAGAUCCCGAAGUAGGUCCCGAUCACGGUCGCCGGGUCGAGAUCCUCGAAGGAACUAUUAUGGCGAACCACGAUAUGAACGAAGAGCUUAUUUUGAUAAUCGAGGUAGUAGGUAUGAUGAUCGACGGGAGAGGGAGAGGGAUAGAGACCGCGAAAGUAGGGAUAGAGAUAGUGGUAGAAAUUAUCCAGUGAGCGAAAGAGAUAGAAGAGGAAAACCACAAUCCUCUUCUGCGAAAUCAUCUCAAUCAUUUACUAGAAAUGAUGCUGAAACUAGAAGACGAGAAGGUACUAUUGGUUCUUCAGGGAGACAGCAGUCGCCGACUGCCGCCACUACAGGUUCCCCCGACUCGUCUAGCGCGUCGAAAAGAAACGAGAGAGCAGAGUCCGGCGAAGUUAGAAGUGUAUCGCCUAAGGAAACCGCCAAAGAUGAACAAAAGGAUGCUGAGAUGGCAGAACCAAAGAAGCCCAUUGAUGAAGCCGCGAUACUCGAAGAACGCAGAAAGCGUCGUGAGGCAAUCAAAGCUAAAUACAAAGGUCAAGCUACACCUCUACUUGUCUCUGCCUUAGCACUCAAUACUCCAACUCCAACUCCAGCUACACCGACUCCUACAGAGGCAACGCCUCUUACUCCAGGUUCCCCGUUUGCUCCCUCUCGAGAGGAGUCCCCGGCCGAAUUUUCAAUUGAAAAGCAGGAUAACACGGAAACCAAGCCACAAGGCGAGGAUGACCCUUCUGCUGCAGACUAUGAUCCGAACGAGGACAUGGACGAUCGUAUGAAAGACAGGCGAUACCAGCAAGAGAACGAGGUUUCAUCAGGUGCAUAUGAUGAAGUCAAGACUAGCCACGACAUUCUAAUGCCCGAAAAGCCAUCCGAUGAGCCAGCUAAGGAUGCCGAACAGGAUGUCGAUGAAUUCGACAUGUUUGCCGAAGGUGACGAUGAUGACAUGUUCGCUCCAGCCCCCACCAGAGCCAGAGCGGUCAAUCCCGCGGGAGCAGGAGCAAUUAUCGCACAAGCCAAAAAGAUGGACUUUAAUAUGGUCGACGACUGGGACGAUUUCGAGGGAUACUAUCGUGUAGUUCUUGGUGAACUUAUUGAUGGAAGGUAUCAUGUCCAAGCAAAUCUCGGGAAGGGAAUGUUUUCUGGUGUGGUGCGUGCGCUAGAUACAGAGACACAGAAGCUCGUCGCCAUCAAGUUGAUUCGAAAUAAUGAGACAAUGCGCAAAGCUGGACAGAAAGAAAUUGACAUUCUGAAGAAGCUAGCAGCUCACGAUCCCGAAGACCGAAAACACUGCGUUCGUUUGGAAAGAUCAUUUGACCACAAAGGGCAUCUGUGUCUCGUCUUCGAGAACCUAAGCAUCAACCUUCGUGAAGUUCUCAAGAAGUUUGGCAGAGAUAUCGGUAUCAAUCUGCGAGCCGUUAGGACGUAUGCUCAACAACUCUUCCUGGGAUUGACACUGAUGAAGAAAUGCAAUAUCCUUCAUGCCGACAUCAAGCCGGACAAUAUCCUAGUCAAUGACGGGCGGAACAUCUUGAAGAUCUGUGACUUGGGCUCGGCAUCCGAUGCGUCGGAAAACGAAAUUACGCCGUACUUGGUCAGUCGGUUCUAUCGAGCCCCCGAAGUCAUUCUGGGAAUGCCCUAUGACUUUGCGAUGGAUAUGUGGUCAGUAGGCUGUACCCUCUACGAGUUGUAUACAGGAAAGAUACUGUUCACGGGUCGAACGAACAAUCAGAUGCUGAAGAGCAUGAUGGAAUGCCGUGGGAAAUUCAGCCAGAAGAUGCUCAAGAAGGGUCAGUUCACGCCAAUGCACUUCGAUGAAAUGUUGAAUUUUAGGAGCGUUGAGAAGGACAAAUUAACGAACAAGGACGUUGUUCGAGUCAUCAAUUUCACCAAACCAACCAGAGAGCUUAAACCGAGGCUCAUGGCGUCGACCUCUGGCAUGAAGGAUGCGGAAAUUAAAGAGCUGAAUCUAUUUAUUGAUUUGCUCGAUCGAUGCCUACAGCUCAACCCUGAGAAACGAAUUACUCCACUUGAAGCUCUCAAACACCCGUUUAUCCACAAGGCUUUGAAAGCUUAA